UUGUUAUGUUUUUUGUGGAGUUCCCCUUUAAUGUUUGUCUGGCAGCUCAGGUGCAGAAUCUAUACUGUUAUAAUUUUGCAACAUUUAUUUAAUACAUUUCUCAGCAGCAUCUCCAGCUAUGGCAUAGAUGUAUUGACAACUAUUCUAUCAAUUGUAACAGUUGCCUUUAAUGAAACUCAGGGUUUCUGUGCAGAUAAGAUAAAGAAAUAAGAUAGAUAAGAAAUGUAUCCAUUUAGAACAGUUUAUAGAGUCGGUGACCCUCGCCACCACCACCACACGGCUACUUUAGAAAGACAAAAGAAGGUGAAAAAUUAAACUUUGCACAUCUAAGUUUGAAAAAUGGUCACACAGAAAAUAGAAAGUAAUUGGAAAAAGUAUUUAUUUCUGGUGAACUAUGAAAAUGAUAGUGUUGGAACGUGAACAACCCCUGUAAAUAAAACCAAUAUAAUUAUUUUGCCAUGUGGAUCUAUACCGAUUAAUCAGAAUUAAGCACAAGGUGUUUGAUUACAGAGAAAUGAGAUCAGAUGGCCUUCCCAUAAUUCGGAACUUCAUGUAUGAAUGGUUUUCUGGAUAAGGAAUCCCAUACCUGUACUAGGAUACCAACAUUGCAUCACAUUUUGUUGUUGCUGGGCUGCAAUUGUUGAUGAGAUGAGGUUAUGGUUUAAACUUAAGUGGUUUGACGUCUCCCUUUUUUAAUGGGAAACAAUCUGUGUGCCAGGAACCUUCAUUUAAAAGUUUCUUUCCCUAUACCCGUCCCUGCUACUCAACAGUAACACUUGUUUACAGGAGUAACUGCAGUCUGCCAAGAUGUGGGGUCAUUACUUCACAAGCUCUCAUUACAGACAUUUCCUUGGUAUUCAUAAGACUCCUAUUUAGAGCCUCUCCAUCUUACAAUGUCACAUGGAGAGAACAGAUAUAUCCUGAUACUGUUUACAGGGCUGACUGAGUGCAGUGUGCAUGGCUGUGUAUCUAUUUCUCGAGCCCCCCCCCCCAUACUGAAGGCAGCUUUUGGUUCUUGGUGCAGUGACCCUCCGAAGCUUUGAGUAGCAGCUGCUCUCCUAAUCAGUUGACCUGGUAAGAUGAGCCUCCCUUGAACUGCAGUGGGCGUAUGUAAUGGUCGGUUGCCUUACAGUGGGAUGAGAUGAGCGUCCUGUAAAUAGAUGAGAAGGCAGGGCUAUAAAAGGUUUUCUGGGCUCCUACUGCUCCUGCUGUAACUUAGUAGUGUUUCUUGGUGCUUCUGUAAUAGAACCUAGAGAAGUUUGAGAAUAGACUGGCAGAAUCUGCCUCCACAUCCAGUGGAAAGGAAGACAUUUCUGUAUAUCUGGAUACAAACAAACUCACAGAACUGGCGCUUAGUCCCUUGUCUCCAGCCCCGGACCACGGUAUCCUCAAAAUGAGGUAUAUGCCAUCCCACCGCUCUGCACGCACUGUGCGCUUCCCAAAUGACAUUCUUUUCCUGGACCAUAUCCGACAGGGUGACCUAGAGCAAGUUGGGAGAUUCAUUCGCGCCCGCAAGGUGACAAUGGAUACAAUUUAUUUGUCAGGUAUGGCGGCUUUGCACGAGGCUGUUCUCUCUGGUAACCUGGAGUGUGUGAAGCUGUUGAUAAAAUACGGAGCAGAUAUUGACCAGAGAGAUGAAAAUGGCUGGACCCCCCUCCACAUGGCAUGCAGUGAUGGCUACCCGCACAUUGCCAGGUAUCUUCUAUCACUUGGAGCACAACCAGACGCAGUAAACAGUGAUGGGGAAAAGCCAUGUCAAUUAAUAGACUCUGACUGUGAGGAAUUGCUCAAACUCUUCCCACCAGAAGGAGGCGACUGAAGAAAUACUGGACCUAGCAGGCUGCCAUGACUGCAGAGAAUUCCACUAGAUCUCUCAUAUAUUGUAUGUUUACCAAGGCUGAGGAGGUUCUGUGUGCUCAGCCAUGGUGAGGCAGAAGAGGGCAAGUAUGGUGAACGAUCAUGCCGCAGCAAACAAAGCUUCUGUCUGCCACUACAACAAAUUUAUAAUGGGGGAAUGUGGACAUGGAAGCAUUAUGGGAGUUUGACUGUCAUUCAGUGAACUGAACUCACACUCAUUAUAUAGUCUGACCAGUUAUCAAAGGAGCACAGCUUUUCCCUUUCUUUUUUUGUACCAAAAGUACUGUAUUGUCAUGUCCAACCAGUAAAUUGUUUGUUUGUUGAUGAAUUUAUAACUCUACAUGAAAUAUAUAAUUGCUCUGACUUCUGCACUGCAUACAAUAUAUGCACAAUGGCUGCAUUAACAAGACGGGACAGCUGGAUGCAAUGUGCGUGUAUGUAUGGAAAUACAAGAUAAGAAACAAUGACACAAAGAACUGUAAAAUCCUUAUCGACAAAUGUAAUGUUCUUCCCACCACUGUGAUUUGGGGAGUUGUUUGUGUGUGAAUUAUGCCCUGUAGAUUUAUAAAUCCAAUCAGAUUACAGUCUUGCAGCUGUGACUCAGGGCAGACAUCCUGUAGCUGUUAAAGGCAGGUUCCCUAAAUGCUCCCAACCAACCAGUGAGUUCACAGAACCCUCAUUCCAGGUUUGCUAACCUCUCUUUUUGCCUCAGUGUAUACUGUCACCAUGUUUUAUGUACUUAUAGGACAUGCAACUGCAGAGAUGAUCUGACAAAACAGUCUAGCACUCCUCAUUUACUUGUAAUUGGCCCAGAAGAACACAAUACAUGGUAGCAGUGAUCUGCAGCGAAGGCUCUGAUAUCAAGGCCUGCUAAGCCAGUGCAAUUUGUAUUCCAUCAGGUGAAGGUGUGCCGUUUGGAGCCUGAAUGCAUCCUCUGUGAGCCUGCUAAUUCAGAAAACCUUAGUAUGUGCCAUAUACUUUAACAACAAUUCCUAGCAUCUGUCCUGGAAUAUUAGUUAUUAAGAUGUGCCAUAUUAAAGCUUCACUUUUUGCUCUGCACAGUCUUUUUUUAAAUAAAAUUAUAAUUCAAAAGUUCA